ACUUACUUACAGCAAACUCCUGCCUUGGCUGGGAGGGAUGGCGAAAAAACACGCGCGUGGGUUGCGGACGCGCGUGUGAUGGUCGCGGAUCCUUCCAAGGCUGUGGGGCUUUGGAAAGACACUAAGGAGGCAUCAGCCACGACUUGUCUCCAGAGCCAGAGUGCCUUUGGAGGGGGAAAAAAGCCAGGAAAAGGCGAAAGAAGAGAAGCUGAGGAGGCAUCCUGAUGCGCCUCCUCGACUGCGCACUCCAAAGCUCUCCGAUUAAGCAUUUUGGGAUGACUGCCUGAAGAAGAGACAUUGGUGUCUUUCUUGCCCCAGCAAUGUCCCUCUGUGCCUCGUCUCACAAGGAAUGUUCUCACUUGCCACCAUCACUUCAAGAUCUCGGAUGUAGCAAAACGGAAGCAAAGAGCUCCUUGUCUGAACUUGGCUCUCCUGACAUCCCUUUCAGCUGCAGCUCCUCUGCCCUGACCGUUGAGCACAGUCCAAUUUACAUCCCUUCCUCUUACAUGGAGAACAGGCAUGACUAUUCUGCCAUGGCCUUCUAUACCCCGGCUGCCAUGAUGAACUACAACAUCCCCGGCAACUUCAGCGAUUCAGAGAGUACAGCCCUGAGGCAGACAGCAAGCCCAAGCAUGUUGUGGUCAGGCCCCGGUCACAUCUCUCCUUUGACCUUACAUUGCCAGUCCUCAGUUUUAUAUGCAGAGCAACCCAAAAGCCCAUGGUGUGAGGCAAGACCCAUGGAUCAUGUCCUUCCUAUGCACAGAGAGGUGCUGAAGCGGAAGGCCAGCGGCAGCGAUUGCACCAGUCCCACCACAAACAGCCCCGGUUCCAAAAGGGAUGCCCACUUCUGUGCUGUGUGUAGCGACUAUGCUUCAGGAUAUCACUAUGGGGUCUGGUCAUGCGAAGGCUGCAAAGCAUUCUUCAAAAGGAGCAUUCAAGGACACAAUGACUAUAUCUGUCCAGCAACAAACCAGUGUACAAUAGAUAAAAACCGGCGUAAAAGUUGCCAGGCCUGUCGACUCCGGAAAUGUUACGAAGUGGGAAUGAUGAAAUGUGGUUCCAGAAGAGAGCGCUGCGGGUAUCGGAUCAUUCGCCGCCAUCGGAACUCAGAAGACCCCUUGCAUUGCGUCAGCAAAGUCAAGAAGACCAACGAGACCAUCAUCCAAAUGAAAGAGGUCCUUGUCAACACCUUGAGCCCAGAACAGUUUGUGUCCAUAUUACUUGAAGCUGAACCUCCCAACGUGUUGGUGAGCCGCCCCAACAAGCCAUUCACAGAAGCCUCCAUGAUGAUGUCCUUGACAAAGCUGGCGGACAAAGAACUCGUCCACAUGAUCGGCUGGGCCAAAAAGAUUCCUGGUUUCAUAGAGCUCAGCCUGUAUGAUCAAGUGAGGCUUUUGGAAAGCUGCUGGUUGGAAGUGUUAAUGGUGGGUCUGAUGUGGAGAUCUAUUGACCAUCCUGGAAAACUCAUCUUUGCGCCAGACCUAGUCCUAGACAGGGAUGAGGGGAAAUGCGUGGAAGGGAUUUUGGAAAUCUUUGACAUGCUCUUGGCAACAACUUCAAGACUGCGAGAGCUGAAAUUGCAGCACAAAGAAUAUCUCUGUGUCAAGGCGAUGAUCCUUCUCAAUUCCAGCAUGUUUCCACUGCCAUCCACCACGGAAGAACCUGAGAGCCACAGGAAGCUGAACCACUUGCUCAACUCUGUGACCGAUGCCUUGGUGUGGGUCAUUGCGAAGAGUGGGAUUCCACUGCCACAACAGACAACUCGUCUAGCAAAUUUACUCAUGCUGCUUUCACAUGUCAGGCAUGCAAGUAACAAAGGGAUGGAGCACCUUCUUAGCAUGAAGUGUAAAAACGUGGUCCCUGUCUAUGACUUGUUGCUGGAAAUGCUCAAUGCUCACACUGUCCGAAAUCACAGGAAAACACCUAUUUCCAACCUGGAGAUUAGCCCAUCGGAACAAACAGAGGCGACAGAUGGCACGCAACUCUGAUCUCACAACUGAAACAUCAGAAGGGGACACAAUUGUGAUAUCACAAUGAAGUAGAACUCCAGAGAAGUGGAGAGAAAAUGCAUUUCAAGAUUUAAAAUUGAGGUAUUUGGUGCUUUGGGUUUUUUUUCCAAAGAAAGAACCAGCACCGGGAAUUCUGUUUUGAAACUUUAGUGAUUUUUUAUAUAGGACACAUUUGGAUCUUUUUACUGCUGCUUUGCCUGUCAUCUUGUACUGUCCUGCAACAGCCUUGUGGGGUUGAAAUGGCACAACCUGCCUUUGAUGUUGGCUUUAUCAAAAGUUGUACUUCUGGAGUGCCUUCGAAAGGAAGACUAUAUUGAAGCGCCACAUGAGCCUUAAGCUUUAUGAUGCCCUCGUUGGGUGGCAGAGAAGUUUCCUUUGUUCUUUUUCUAUUUAAAAGAAGGAAAUGUGUGCAGUACAUAGCUCUAGGAUCCUACUGCAAAAAUCCAGCAGAUGGAGAAAAUAGAAGCUACUUCUGCUAACCAGUAACGGAAGGAUUUAAGGUGUUGCUUUCCAUCCGUGAAUUAUUCAUAGCAAUCUGUAUAAUAGAGCCAACUGGGAGGCUACCAUUCCCAUUAGAAAUGUGUGCUGCUUCAUUUGUUAACUACAAUGACAUAUGUUUCCCUUUUGUGCAAAGCCACCUUCAGUAAAUAUGGAAAUGUGGAGUAAAUGGUUCUAUUUAUCUGAAAGCCCCUGGCCUGGAGAGAAUUUGUCUAUUGACAGACAACUGUGGACUGGAAACUUUCUUUCUUUCUUCAUUCCUUUUUUAAAAAGACCUGAUUUGUAUCGGCUGCUAAGAGAUCGAUCAUCUGAGUGGGCAUUUUUGUUUCCUGCUAUAUAGCUUAUGCAGUGUAUUGCUGGUGCA